AUGGUCGAAGCCGGAGAGGAUGCUCAUGAUGAGAGGUUUUCUUUGGCUAUGGUGCUGCUCAUAGAGACAAUUUUUCUUCAUAGGUAUUCGAAAGCUAUGUUCCCAACAUCCAAUCUACAAAAAGUGCAACACAUGGAUGUAUUUCUGAAUCAUCACUGGGGGAUAGAUGCUUACGAAAUGCUGUUAAAAUCAGUGAAGAAGACUGUAGAGAACAAUAUAGAAAAGUCCAAGUACCCUCUGGACGGGUUCCCUUUUGCGCUUCACCUAUGGAUCUUGGAAUACGUACCCAAGCUUCAGUCUGCUUUCUCUACCAUUGACAACACACUCCCGCCCACAGCUUUUUUAUGUGUGAAAUACCUUCACACAACAUCUCCUCCCAUCAAAUCUGUUCUGAGCAUAGAAGGAGAAAGCAAUGUGAGUGUGGUAUACAUCCUUCCAAAAAUACAUGGUGACCUCGAAGACACCGUGUUUUUGCAAGACAAAGACGAUGAAAAUCUGCAUUCACUUGUGGAUCUGUUGGACAAAGGUUUCGAGCUGACGCAUGAUCACUGGAGAAGAGGAGUUUUGAAGAGAGACGAUGCAUUGCAAUACAUUGCAUCGCAGUCAUAUCGCUAUCCCCAUUCAGAAAGAGCGAGACAAAACUCCAGGCCUUCUUCUUCAGACGAAUCAGUAGAGGCGAAGAUUAACAAGCUGAUGGAGAUGUUCGUAGAUGGACAGACACAUAUCCAUUCUCGGUUAUCAAAAAUUGAACAAAAGCUGGGAAUACAUGAUCCUUCUGAUUCCAUUGAUGGGGAGCUUACUCCUGUGGACGUAUCAACAGGUUUAAACGCCACUGGUUCGCGACGGAAUGUUUCACUAAAUCAGAUGAACCAAAAUGUGGCAGAAAGGAGACGCAAAUCACAGCGGGUGCCCCAGACACAGAUAGGGAAGGACAAGGUGUCCAUACCACUGGAUCAAGAGAGACGCCAAUCACAGCGAGGGCCCCAGGCACAGAUGGGAAAGAAUAAGACGUCCAUACCACUGGACAAACAAACUAUAGUUUGCGGACUUGUGGCUGGUAAAGCUGCUCCUGCAAAGGGGAUUACAGGCACGAGUCCUAAACCUUACUUGACGGAAGAUGCUUUAGUCGAGGUAUCAGGUGAAGAUAACAAGUGGUUUCCUGAUUCGUUGAUAAAUAGACAGCUAGGUCUAGGUCCUAUCCGCACCUAUUAUUUGAAGUUCUUGAGCCUUGGUAAGUAUAAAAAUGUCCAAGAGAUGCGGAUCCGUCCUACGCCGCCUCCUCUGCCUGAGGCAGAUUAUUCCACCGACGUUUUGGCACUCACGCAAGACGUUGAUGCCUACCACGAUAACCACUGGUGCAGAGGGUAUGUUCAAGCGCUUCUUGAUGGUCCAGAAAAAAACGCAGAGACGUCUGCUUUGCCCACCAGAGUUGAAAACAUUUCAGAGGAAAUCCGUGAUCAGGCAAACGUAAAUGAUCAGGAACUUAAGGAGGAUUCUCCAGACGAGAUAAUCCGAAGUGUCAUAAGUGCUUACACCGUAUCAGAAAACGAUGAUGGAAACGAUGGAAUGAAUGAAAAUGAGACCCAAACAAAGGAGCUAAAAACUAAAAAGACAGUGAAGAGGCCCCAUAAUGAAGAUGAUCUUCUGGCUAAUAAGAAGAAGAAGAAGGGUGAGGAGAAGUCAGAAAAGUCUAAGAAGGAGAGCGCACAGGUGGCCGAACAAUGUACAGCUACAGUAGAUCCAUUUCAAUCGCCGAAAACGGAUCAGUUGACAGCCUAUAAAGAGUGGUUGGAGAAGGGAGAGACAGCAAGAAUUGGUGAUAUGGAUGCUACUGCAACCUUGUUCCAGAAUAUGGAGAAUCCCGAAGCUCGUUUUCGUGAUACGGAAAUAAAUGCAGUGUUGAUAAUGUUGCAAAAGAAAAGAGAGGAAGAUGACGCAUAUUUCAAUAACGACAAAUUCCCUAGAGCUGCAUUCUGCAAAACAGACUUCUUUUAUGAGCUGUUACAAUGCCACGACAAAUUCGAGAGGUAUCGAACAAAAUUACCAUUCCCUGAUAGUGUUACAAACAUUGUAAAGGGGACAGUUUUCCCGCACAAGAAGUGGAAGAAAGAUGUAGAUGUCGUCUAUGGAGUCAUUAAAUUCAUGGUUCCCUACUGGAUUGGAGUGGAAAUUAAUUUUAAGAGCUGCCAAGUGGAGAGUUUCUCGUGCAAUAGUCAAUGGGAGAAGAAAGGAGUAGUCUUGGAUAUUGUUAGGAGGAUAGCAGAUAUGAUACCUACCCUCCUCGGCAUUGCUGAGAACAAAAAGCCAAAGAGACAUCUGGAACCAUUCAAAGUCGUCCAUCACACUGAAGAAGAGUUUUCCUUGUCCAAUAUAGGUUUCUGGGUGACUGACUGUCCCGUGUAUAUCAUCAAGAUGAUCGAGUGUCGUUCAUUGGGGGGCAAUGACUUCUCAAAGGUUGCUCAUAUGAGUGUUGCGGACAUGAAGACCAAAUAUGUAUGCGACAUCUUUGAGCAGUUUGUGAACAACAAGAACAACAUGGAGGAUUCACAGCCUUCUACGCUGAUAGCACUCCCGAAGUUGCAUUACGAAUUUGGGAAAGAGCCUAGGAAGAAUUUUAAGGCCAUUGACCAACACUCGAAAACAUCAUUCAUUAAACAAGUCGAAGAAAUAAUGGGGGAAGUGCAGUUUAACAGGAUCAGGAAUUCUUUUUUGGGGCCUCUUCUGAAAUUGAGCUCAAAGAAGAUGCUAAUGGCUGAAAAAGAUGCUUAUGAUGAGAAGUUUUCCUUAGAGAUGUUGGUGCUGAUAGAGUCUUUGCUCUUUGGGAGAUACAAGGAGUACAAGUUUCCGAGAAGUUUCAUAGAGAGAGCGCAAGACAUGAACACUCUGAUGAACUAUCAUUGGGGGAGGGAAGCAUAUGAGUUGCUCUUGUCAUCAAUCAAGUCAAAGGUGCCUUCACAUUUGGAUAAAGUGAAGUAUGUUCUUCAGGGUUACUCUUUUGCCUUCCACUUGUGGUUGCUAGAGUCGGUCCCUAUGCUACAGACUGCCUUCUCAAUAGUCAGCAACAGUAUUUCGUCCUCUGCCUUCUUAUGUGAGAAGUACCUUUACACAACAUCUCCUUCAAUAAACCAAGUUCUCACCAUAGAAGGAUCACCUGAUAUAAGUAUUUCGUCUCUUAUGUUAACAUGA